AAAUAGUCUAAAGGACUUCAGUUCCAAUAUCAAUACAGUUUGUACUGUUAUCAAGAGUAAAUCUAUUCAAUAUGAAUUUCUGGGCUUUAUUUGCGAUUGUUAUCGCUGCUUUAUUGCAAUUUGCUAAUGUAGCAGUAGCUUUACCACAAGGAGGUCCACCAGGGGGUCCACCAGGAGGUAUGCCAGGAGGUGGUCCACCAGGAGGACCACCAUCUGGUUCAUCAUCAUUAUCAUAGAUGAAUUAUUAUUUUUUGACUACAUAUGCCGACUUAAAUUGUUACUUUUGGAUUUUGAUUUGAUUAUGGCUGCUUUUACUUUCUUCCAAUUGUAUUAUUUCACUUUAUUGAUGUAGAUUAUUAUUCAUGGAAUAUACUAAUUAAAUUGUACAAUAUAGUUUGAAAAUAAAUUUAGAUAAACAACAA